AUGCCUUGGCCAAAGCUUGAGGGGUCUGUGAGGAAGUCUGAGCAGGCCCCGGUUGGGUUCAAAGAGCAAGGGCAGCAUCUUUUUGAUCCCGCCGGCGAAGCUAUCCAGGAUAGCCGACCUGUCUACACACGCAUAUCUCGCAAGAAUCUAUCUCUCAAGACAUUGCAGGAGUUCCUUGACUUCGACUUCGAUGUGGACCCUGAUUACGUCUUGGUUAAGCGGGUUGAGGGGUCAAAAAGAGGCUUCAGCCUCAAGGCCACAAAGGAGCACACUAAACUCAUCCGCGAGAAACGGGGCAAGAUUGUACGUGAGGGGACGUCAGAACUGAGGGAUGAUGAGCCUGAGUAUGAGUGGGUGCGCAAGAGAGCCAGGCGGGAGACCAAGUCGCCAUCAUGUCUCGAUGACCAUGCAGAUAAACCUUGCCUUUGUACCUAUGAUGGAUGUGACCGUGCGGUUCCUGGAAAUGGACAUUCUCAUAAGUGGGAUCUGCAGGACCAUUUGAAGCGCGUUUAUCACGACGAUGACAGCUCUAGCAGUUACAGAUUAUCCUAA